GGAAGAAUUAGUUAAGAAGUACGAUGACAAUAUGAUAAACAAUUUAUUUAAAAAUAUAAUUUCUAUACUGGCAUAUAUAAAAUGAUUGGACAGCAAAAUAGAUACAUUAAUUCAAAACAAUAAUAAUGUACAGAUAAAUCAAACUUUUAACAAUAAUUUCGAGAAAAUCUUUCCAUUAAACAAUGUAGAAGCCGUGGAUGACAUGGAAAAUAAAUUAAAAUUGGAUGAAAACACUUCUGGUCAACUGAGGAAUUUACUGCAAAAAAUUGGUGGCACAGGACUUAAAAACUUUGUUAAAAGAGUUUUGGAAAGAAUAUUCACAAAUGAAUUAUCCACAAAAUAUUCAUGGACCGGAUUUAAAGAUAAUCAUGCUCUUAGAAAUUUAAAAAUUAUAAAAGCCAUGAAAGAUGUUGCCAAUAGUACUUUUUCUGAAAUUGACGCUAAUUUCGAAGCACACAUUAAAGACUGGUUUUGUCAUAGUUCUCAAAGAUAUGCAAGAGAACAACAAAAAGAAUCUUCAUAGGCAUCUAAAUUUUAAUUCAGUUAAUACAUUCAUUCAGUCAUUCAGUA